AUAUAUCAUGCUGGCCUCCAAAUGCAAAUUACCCCAAAUCAUCCUGCUCUACAUUCUCACUUCUUCUUCCUUCUAAACCUCUUCCAUCCAUUGGAUUCUACUGUAUAUUCCCCCAAAUUAAAAGAGGUUACCAUUUUACUAUUCAAAGUUGGAUUGAUCGAUCCAGCCAUAUUCAUUCCACUCAUCUCUUCACCACCCAGUAAUUAACAAGCUGCUAAGCUAAGUCGGAUUCGCCUCCUCGCACGGAUCAGACUAGAUCAGAGAGGAUCUAGCAAAGAACCACCCAGAAUAGAUAUCAUGGAUACAGAUCAUCAGCAUGAAUCAUGCACAGUACCUCCAGGAUUCAGAUUCCACCCCACAGAUGAAGAGCUGGUGGGGUACUAUCUGAGGAAGAAAGUUGCAUCCCAGAAGAUUGAUCUGGACGUUAUAAGAGACAUAGAUCUCUACAGGAUCGAGCCUUGGGAUCUCCAAGAAAAAUGUGGGAUAGGGUAUGAAGAGCAAAACGAGUGGUACUUUUUCAGCCACAAGGACAAGAAGUACCCGACGGGGACGAGGACGAACCGGGCCACCAUAGCCGGGUUCUGGAAGGCAACCGGGAGAGACAAGGCCGUGUAUGAUAAAUCCAAACUCAUUGGGAUGAGGAAAACCCUGGUUUUCUACAAAGGCCGGGCUCCUAAUGGUCAGAAAUCUGAUUGGAUUAUGCAUGAGUACAGACUUGAAUCUGAAGAGAAUGCUCCUCCUCAGGCAAAAGGAUGGGUGGUAUGUAGAGCAUUCAAGAAAAGGAUCACCGGUCAAAUAGCUAAGAGCAACGAAGGUUGGGAGUCCAACUACUGCUUGUUGUACGAUCAUGAACACAACAUCAUUAACAAUUUCAUGGGAAUUGGGAACACCUCUUCUAAUAAUAAUAACCACAAUAAUUUUAUGGCUCAAACAUUAUUUAUGUGCAAGCAAGAACUCGAGGCGGCGGCCACCGCGGCCGCCGCGUCAUCGUCGGAAACGACCGCGAAUUUCUCGCAACACCAUUCAGAGAACAACCACCUAUUCAAUCAGCUCCCGCAGCUUCAAAGCCCAUCCCUCCCACUGCUCAACAAAUACCCCACCGCCGCCGCCGCCGCCAGCUCAUCCGCCACCGCCUCUCCGCCGCCUCCCCUCCAAGAAAACAAGAAAGUAACGGAUUGGAGGACGCUGGACAAGUUUGUGGCCUCCCAGUUGAGCCAUGACGAUGAUAAUCUGAAGGAAAAGAGCUUUACUAAAAGUUGUAGUUGUGAAGAAGACAUGGAUUUGUUAUUGCAGAACGCCGAGAGGGAAGAGGGAGGCGCCGGCGCCGGCGCCGGAAACAAGUUGAGUGAGUACUUCUUGAGUACUUCUGGAAGCUCAUCAAAUCUUCAUGAGGACAAUAUUGGUAUUUUUAUAUUUGACCGAUAGAUAAUUAAUGAUAAGGAAUUGAUGAAAUUAAUUAUUUGAUGAGGUAGUACAUACUUACGUACGUAUAUAUUUAUAAUGCAUGGGAAAAUUAAAAAGAUCGCGUGAGGCUAGAUUUAUUUGAGCUUCAUGCAGUCAGUCUAACACGUACGUACGUAUGUACUGAUCAGAUUUUAUGAUGUUUAC